UAAAAAGUUGCAGAAAAGUUGUUUUCACUUUCCAGUGGAGAAAUUCACCAUUUUGUCAUGAUCUGCAUGCACUACAAGGCAUGUAGUGGGAAUGUAGAAGAAGCAGUCUUCUCUCUUGAAAGACACCAGUUAGUCAUACGGAACUUCCAGAGCUGAUGUUUGUCUGGUACUGUUACAUGAUGAGAGGCUUCUGUUUUGGGUAGAAGCCUCUGCUUGGGGCCCCUGUAACCCCUCACGGACUUGGCCCAUUCUUCUGCUCCACCUUGAUCCAGUGACUAAAGGGUUGAUGACUAGAGGCCUCUGGGGUGUAGCUUGAGCUGGUGGUUAAAUAUUCUGAACAUCAGCUGUGGGCCUCCCCAUUGCCAUUGGUGGUUCCAACAAUGUUGGACCGAAGCAAAUGCUUGUUGGUUGGCAAGAAUAAUGCACUGAACAACUUGGUCUGUUCUGCUGAGAGCAUCUUUGGGAGCAGGAUGGACACCAGGUCACCACAGGUCUUUGGGACAAUGCAGACGAUUAUGCUUAUCUGUCUUGGGCCUCUUUUGUCACACGUCGCUCAUCUGUGAGUUGAGGCUCUGACUGUCUUCCCACUGAGCUUUUUUGGAGAACAGAAGGAAGAGACAUUUCUCUCUGAAGAUGAACUCAACAGACCCCCUUCAGGAUGCCCCCAAUGCCACCUGGCUCCACGUGCCUCACCCGCAGGGAGGCAACGACACCUCUCUCCAGGAGGAUCUUCAGGACCUCAUCCACAUGGCCACCUUGGUGACCUGCACUUUUCUGCUUGCCAUCAUCUUCUGCCUGGGCUCUUACGGCAACUUCAUUGUCUUCUUGUCCUUCUUUGACCCAGCCUUCAGAAAAUUCAGAACCAAUUUUGAUUUCAUGAUCCUGAACCUGUCCUUCUGUGACCUCUUCAUCUGCGGGGUGACGGCGCCCAUGUUCGCCUUUGUGUUGUUCUUCAGCUCAGCCAGUGGCAUCCCGGAUGCUUUCUGCUUCGCCUUCCAUCUCACCAGUUCCGGCUUCAUCAUCAUGUCCCUCAAGACGGUGGCAGUGAUUGCCCUGCACCGCCUCCGCAUGGUGCUGGGGAAGCAGCCUGAUCGCACAGCCUCCUUUCCUUGCACCUUGCUCCUCACACUGCUUCUCUGGGCCACCAGUUUCACCCUCGCCACCUUGGCGACCCUGAAGACCAAUAAAUCCCACCUCUGCCUUCCCAUGUCCAGUCUGGUGGCUGGAGAAGGGAGAGCCAUUCUGUCUCUCUAUGUGGUCGACUUCACCUUCUGCAUCGCCGUGGUGUCUGUCUCCUACAUCAUGAUUGCACAGACCCUGAGGAAGAAUGCACAGGUCAGAAAGUGCCUCCCGGUCAUCACAGUGGAUGCUUCCAGACCACAGCCUUUCAUGGGGGCUCCUGGCAAGGGAGGCGGAGAUCCCAUCCAGUGCACCGUGCCGGCCCUCUACAGGAACCAGAAUUACAACAAACUGCAGCACGUUCCCACGCACGGGUACACCAAGAGUCCCAACCAGCUGCCAACCCCUGCAGCCAGCCGACUCCAGCUGGUAUCAGCCAUCAACCUCUCCACUGCCAAGGAUUCCAAAGCCGUGGUCACCUGCGUGAUCAUUGUGCUGUCGGUCCUGGUGUGCUGUCUUCCGCUGGGGAUUUCCUUGGUGCAGGUGGUCCUGUCCAACAGUGGCAGCUUCAUCCUUUACCAGUUUGAACUGUUUGGGUUCACCCUAAUAUUUUUCAAGUCAGGAUUAAACCCUUUCAUAUAUUCUCGGAACAGUGCCGGCCUGAGAAGGAAAGUGCUCUGGUGCCUCCAGUACGUUGGCCUGGGGGUUUUCUGUUGCAAACAGAAGACUCGACUUCGAGCCAUGGGAAAAGGGAACCUCGAAGUCAACAGAAACAAAUCCUCCCAUCAUGAAACAAACUCGGCCUACAUGUUGUCUCCAAAGCCACAGAAGAAAUUUGUGGAUCAGGCCUGUGGCCCGAGCCAGUCAAAGGAAAGUGUGGUAAGUCCCAAGAUGUCUGCUGGACAUCAGCACUGUGGUCAGAGCAGCUCCACCCCCAUCAACACUCGGAUUGAACCCUACUACAGCAUCUAUAACAGCAGCCCUUCCCAGGAGGAGAGCAGCCCACGCCACUUGCAGCCAAUCAACUCUUUUGGAUUUGCAAGCUCCUACAUUGCCAUGCAUUAUCACACCACCAACGACCUAAUAAUGCAGGAGUACGACAGCACUUCAGCUAAGCAGAUUCCAGUCCCCUCGGUUUAAAGUCAGGGAGGCCAGAGAAUCUUGUGCAAAUGUUUUUUUUUUUGCCUUCUCACACUGUUUGAUUUUUGAGAGCCGCCGCAGAACAAAACUUAAAAGAUUCAGCUGAAAAGUUGGCAGUUGGGACUUUUCUUUUGUCUGAAAUAUUAAUGUCUUGAUUUGAUUUGUAAUUUCUUAAUAUUUUAAGAUAUGAUGUAAAAGUUUAUUUAGCUUUUUAACCCGGACCUGUUACCCAGUCUUUUGUGCUGAACCUUUAAAUAGAGGCCAGGAAUGGUGAUGAUAUGUUCAAGUAGGAAAUUGACUGACUGGUUGUAAUUCUCUGAGUCAGUAUUAUGGGUCUACAAAGAUAUUGCUGGAUUUUGUUUUUUUAUUUUAUUUUGGUGCUGGGGAUUGAACCCAGGCCCUUGCACAUGCUAAGCAUGAACUGUAGCACUGAGCUGCACUCUCAGCUCUAGAUAUGGAUUAAAAAAAAAAUAGACGAACUUGAAGGUAUGAGUUGAUUUUUUUGUUUAGUUUGGUUUUUGUUUUCUUGGUAUGGGGGACUGGACUCAGAAUUACUCUGUCUCUGAGCUACAUCCUUAACCCUUUUUAUUUUUUAUUUUCAGACAGGGUCUUGCUAAGUUGCUAAGUUGCUGGCCUCCAACUUGUGAUCCUUCUGCCUCAGUCUCCUGAAGGUGUUAUUCUUUUAAGAAUGUAAAAUUUGAUUCUUUGAAGUCCUGAAAUAGGGAUUAAUACACUUUUUGGUAAGCAGGUUUAUUUGAAUAAAAAUAACAUUGUUAAAACAAAAAAAAU